CUUUGAAGUUUGAACUAUUUUUUGGAGUAAUCUUUAAUGAAUCAGUCAAUCAGAUAAGGUGACUUCAUCUUUAUAUAAACCCUUAUUUAAUCUCAUACCAGUACGAAAGUGUAAUGGAGGAGAUUCCAUCAAAAGUCAAUCCGGAUGUUUUUACCCGUUUCCGCCGCUCUCUCUAUUCAUCAGAAUCAUGUGACCGCCGGAAUUAGCAGCUUGAAGACCGAGAAUUUAGAAGGAGCCGGCAGAGAUUAUAUACACGCGAGCAGGAUGAGAGGAGGAAUAGAUAUGGCGUUGGAUCUGAACAUGAAAGCUGUAGUUUCAUUUGACCCGACUUGCGAUGAUUCCGACCCGGACCCGUACGCACCAGAGACCGCCGCCUCCGCGAUUGGCGGUGAUUACUCUGGCACAUCCAACACUGCAUCCUCUUCCUCCGUCGUCAACGCCGACGACUCACCCACCUCUAUCGUCGAUGAGACAUACAGCCCCUCCCCCGCUCCCCUUGCUGGCGGCCUCAACUCUCUGUCGACUCUUACCUUCUCGAUACUGAAUAGCAAUCAAGGGUUCCAUGUUGAGGAUGAGAGCAGUGAUACCGCCGGAAUAAUGGUCACUAGGCAGCUUUUACCGGUACCCGAAGAAUCGUUCUUGUCGUCUUUGACGUCUCCUCCGCCACCCCAUCCUCAAAACUGGUUGAAACUGUCCGUGUCUGAGACCGGCGAAGGAGUGGAAGUGGAAGAGCGGCCACCUCCACACGUGCAGUCCGUCCAGCCAAUAAAGAAGAGUCGCCGUGGGCCCCGUUCCCGGAGCUCCCAGUAUCGUGGUGUCACGUUUUACCGGCGGACUGGCAGAUGGGAGUCGCAUAUCUGGGACUGUGGGAAGCAAGUUUAUCUGGGAGGGUUUGACACAGCUCAUUCUGCUGCCAGGGCUUAUGAUCGUGCUGCUAUCAAGUUCCGAGGAGUGGACGCGGACAUCAAUUUUCAAUUAAGUGACUAUGAAGAGGAUAUGAAACAGUUGAAGAACUUGAGCAAAGAAGAGUUUAUUCAAAUUCUUCGACGUCAGAGCACUGGAUUUUCUAGAGGUAGCUCUAAAUUCAGAGGGGUAACCUUGCACAAAUGUGGUAGAUGGGAGGCUCGAAUGGGUCAAUUAUUGGGUAAAAAGUAUAUCUAUCUUGGGCUGUUCAAUUCUGAAGUUGAAGCUGCAAGGGCUUAUGACAAAGCAGCCAUGAAAUGUUAUGGAAGGGAUGCAAUGACCAACUUUGAACCUAGUGCCUAUGAUGGAAUGAUGAGCAAGGACAGUAGUGGUGGAGGUACUAUGGACAGUCUUGAUUUAAGCCUUUGGAUUUCUCCACCAUUGGAUGGUCCACAAAUGCCUGAUGUCAGAAAGUUGCAAUCCAAUUUUGAAGCUUGUGAGUUGUCUUCCUUGAAAAGAUUGAAGGUGCAAUCCUCCCCCGUCGCACCUUAUGGUCCAGCAAUGGCAUUCAAGUAUUCCAGGUGGACUGGGAUGCAACCCGGGCUUCUUCCAAAGAAUGAGGUGGGACUAUUGGGAAUUGAGGUAGAAACAACGUCUUCUCCUGCAUUCUCCAAUUGGAAAUGGCGUAGCCAGUGUGUGAACCACCACCCUACAGUGCCAACACUGUUGUUUCCUUCUUCUGCAGCAUCAUCAGGAUUCUCUUCCAGUACUUCUUCAGCAUUCAAAUUCCCUUCAGCCGAUCAAUCAUCCCCAAAUAACAUAUCCCAUAAUUAGAGGCAUUGGUUUGGCAUCAGCAGAUCGAUUUAUGGGCGCUGCCACUCCAAGUCCAACCGCGCUCAUAUUUUUAGUUUCAAUUCAUUUCUCUAUUAUGUGGAUCAUCGUAUACUAAUACAGUAUGGUCAAUCAAGUGUAUAUAGGACUACCAUGUUUCUCUUGAGGGAGUUUGUAGGGUUAUCUGCAGGCAUAACAUGACCGCUUCGUGCAUUCAUCUUCCUUAAAAGACAUCAAAGUUAAUUAAUUAGUAAAAUGGUGACUGUGAUUGUGGUGGUAUUGACUAUGAAAUAGAGACUUCUUGUUCUUUGC